AUGAGACAGAACUGGAUGCCAGACCCCAGCCCUCUUUGGGCCCUGCUCCUCUGUGCCCACAUUGUCUCCCACCUGGCCAGAGCCACACCUGUGCCUCAGGCCACUACAGCUGCCACUGCCUCAGCUGGGAUCGCAAAGGACACCUGCCCCUCCCAGCCCCCAGUGCUCCUGACAGCUAAGCAGUGCCCAGCAUUGGAAGUGACCUGGCCGGAAGUGGAAGUCUCACUGAAUGGAACGCUGACCUUGUCCUGUACUGCCUGCAGCCGCUUCCCCCACUUCAGCAUCCUUUACUGGCUGGGCAACAGCUCCUUCAUCGAGCACCUCCCGGGCCGGCUGCGGGAGGGCAGCACCAGGCGGGAGCACAGGGGCACGAGGACCCAGCUGUGGAGGGCCUUGGUGCUGGAGGAGCUGAGCCCCACCCUGCGAGACACCAACUUCUCCUGUGUUUUCUCAGAUCCUGGGCAGACUGCCCAGCGUCACCUCGUCCUGGCCCAGCUCUGGGCUGGGCUGAAGACAAGCGUGCCCCCUGACACAAGAAGCCCCAUCCUCCAGCAAGUCCCCUCAGCCUCACCAUCCUGA